CAGCUCCGGACCCGGACGCAGAAGCCGUAACGGUGAGCUCCUCUGAAAUGUUGAUGCCCAAGAAGAACCGGAUCGCCAUUUAUGAACUCCUUUUUAAGGAGGGGGUGAUGGUGGCCAAGAAGGACGUUCACAUGCCCAAGCACCCUGAGCUGGCAGACAAGAAUGUGCCUAAUCUUCACGUCAUGAAAGCCAUGCAGUCUCUCAAAUCACGAGGCUAUGUGAAGGAACAGUUUGCCUGGAGACAUUUCUACUGGUACCUUACCAACGAGGGCAUCCAGUAUCUCCGUGAUUAUCUCCACCUGCCCCCCGAGAUCGUGCCUGCCACUUUGCGCCGCAGCCGACCUGAAACCGGCAGGCCAAGGCCCAAAGGUCUGGAGGGCGAGCGACCUGCAAGACUUACACGAGGGGAAGCUGACAGAGACACCUACAGACGGAGUGCUGUGCCUCCUGGUGCUGACAAGAAAGCCGAGGCCGGGGCUGGGUCCGCAACCGAAUUCCAGUUUAGAGGCGGAUUUGGUCGCGGACGUGGUCAACCACCUCAGUAAAAUUGGAGUGAUUAUUUGGUGUUGAAUGAGCUUGUGGCGAAAAAAUAAUCUGUGUGCCCCCGUUUUUGCAUAAUGUAGCCUGAGCCAGAAUGUUUUUAAAGUCAGAGUAUAAAUGGAGCAAGACUGCAUUGGUUGAGGGGAGUCCCUCGACUGGUCGAGAUGGUCAGCAACCUCAAAGUAAAGUCAACUUUGAAGAGGAAAUAAUCGCAGCAUCCUGGCAGUGAUUUUGGCGUUGAAUAAACUUAUAGAGAGAAAAUAAUCUCCUGUGCCCCCAUUUUUGCAUAACAAAGCAGCCUCAACAGGAAUAGGUUUGAAGGUCAGAAUGUAAGUGGGUCAAAAGAUUGGAUUGGUUUGGGGAGUCGUCUUUUCCAGGGUGAGACCAGUUGUUGCUAUUAAACAGCAGUGCUUGGUUUUG